UCUCGCGCGACGGCUGCUACGGUACUUUGUAGACGCUCUGCGAGCUGUCGUGAACGGUCGCAACCAGCGCACGGCCGCCGGCCAGCGCUGCAGCUCUUGCGAGUGCAAAACAACAAGUGGGCAGCAAUUGCAUUGGACAGCCGCACUGGACUGCAAGCACGUAGCGGCGACGCAUUUGCAGCUUCCUGUCCAUUGCACGAUGCCUAGUCAUCAGUGCAGGCCGUGUACCGCGGUCGCACUGAUCACACUCCUUGCUGGGCAUGCCUGCAGCGCCUGGCAGCCGCUGCACCAAAGGCAUCACCACACAACAAUGCGAGCGAAGAGGGCAAAAAAAGUCGACCGCGAGGCCGCGUGGGCGGAGAAGAAGGCGCGCGAAGCCCAAGAUAAGAAGAGACGCAAGGGCCGCGCGACGGACAUCGCGCCCGCGGCAGUCGUGGCGAACGGCGUGCCGAUCCCCGAGGAUCAUAGAUUUGAGCAAUUUUUCUACGACGCGCCGACGAGCGCCAAGAUGAUGAGACUGGUAAGGCGCUUCGAGAAGCCGUUGCUAGUCUGCGUGCCGUCGAUCGCGGCGAAGCUCGACAGUAGUGGAGACGACUACCUGCUCCUCGACCGCGACGAGCGCUUCGCCACGUUGAGGCACUACGAGCCCUUCGACCUGCGCUCCCCAAAAAGCGUUUCAUAUGAUUUCGACGCGCUCUUUCUCGACCCGCCCUUCGCGAACGUCACGCCCGCGGAGCUCGCAGAAGCGGUCGCCGAACUCUGCGGCGAUCGCCAGGUACCGCUCUUCGUCGGCUACAACCUGCAGCGCGGUGCCGAGCUCGUCGACGCCUUCGCUUCGUUUGAUUUGAGGGAUACGGGCGACGUCCUCGGCUACGCGACGGGCGUCAUGGAGGGGCGGAUCUCGCUGUUUACGAACUGGAGGCCCUAAGUAUUGUGAUAUGUU